AUGUCCCGUAGUAGGAGCCGGAGCCGGUCACCAUCGAAAGGAUCGACGGUCGCUUCUUACAAACGCAAAAAGGAUAAGGAGCGCGGGAGAAGCAGCUCGAGAGACCGUAGUAGACACAAGAAAUCCCACAAAGAGCCCCGUCACAAAUCCUCUAAGCAUAGGAGACGCAGCGAAGAAACUCCUAAAGCUUAUCGCGGCGGCAGAAGUCGCUCGAGCAGCAGCUCGAGUGCCGAUCGGGAAAUCAGAAAAGAGUCUCUGAAAAAGCGGCCACGCAGGGACAAGACUCUAGAAGCGACGGACCCCUUCGAAAUACGGCGUCGGAAGCUCAUCCGGAUGAAAGAAAUUGCUACUGAAGUCGAACGCAAACUCGCUGAGCUGCUCCCGAAAAAACUCGAAGAGGAGAUCGAUCUCCGGAAAGAAAAGAUCCGCCUGGAUCUCAAGCUGGAAAUGGAAGAGCAGAUCCGGAAUGAGAACAACGACUUGGCGAGAAUCAACCUCGAGCUGAGAGAG